ACUCAUAGACAUACUCUCGCGUGUGUAAGGGUAACCGAUACGUCGGACGAGUUGACACACGCGCAGCAAUGGCGUACCCCUUUGAAGAAGCCUGAACGUGUUCUGUCGUUUAAUUUUUCUUUGUGCAGCUGUGUUUAAAGUGAGUGAAAAAGACAAAUAAUUUGAGUAAAAUUUCUUAUAUAUAAAGCAACGAUAGAAUUGCAAAACAACGUCGGCAUAUUAAAGUGUUUCAAUCUUGUUGAAACGAAGAAACGAGACGUUACGCCCAGCCUGUUCAGAUCCAAGCCCCCAUUGCUUGCUCUGAUAUAUAAAUCUACUCUUCGUUUUCAUGAAUGUCUCUGAAUUUUGUAAAUAAAAAAUCUGAUUAAAAGUGGAAGUGUGGCAUUUUAACGUUUAAUUGCAAAUAUAAUGCAUACAUGUAGCAAUCGAAAUAUUACGUGCGAAGGAUUUGUGAAAGAGUGAAGUGGAUUACUAUAUGUAUCGAGAAUUCGAAAGGGAAAAGACGAAAAAAAUACGUUUAUAUAGAGAAGAAAAAGGAUUUUGAAAUAGAAACGAGAGAUUAGAGAGAAACAAAUAGAAAGGGAAAAUCAUAGAAGGCAAAGAUCGAUGUUGCAAGGAAGCCGGUGUCCAACAAAUCAGGGCCGGUGGUGUUCGAAUUCAUAGUCAGUUGUAAGCUCUUUACGACUUUUUUUCCUUCUCUCUCUCUCGAAAUAUGCGAUAACGCUCUUUUGCUCAUGUACAUUGGGGGCUUCUGCCUCGAGGGCUUUCCUUGGUGUUGGAUAUAAUAGCUGAUUGGUCCAACCCUUGGAUAAGGCAACCCUCUCUCGCAGCGAUGAAUCGGACCAUUUUUUUUCGUCUCAUUUCAAGAUUUGCCCAUAAAAAUUGCGAAAAGUACCACAAUUAUUAAGAGGAUCGUAUUGUCAAUACGAUUGGAAGAGAGAUAUUAAGAAACCUAUUAAGAAAAGAAGGAUAAAAACAAGGGAAGAAAAAAAAAAGAGAAAAGAGAAGUAAAAGAAAGGGGUUAGUCAAGAAAACUAAAGAAAAAAGUGCUGGAGAAUCGCGAAUUCGCGUCUCCGGCUGUGUGGUGAAAGAUCGGGUAAUCUCAACGCUGGGCGAGACGGAGAGCAGUGGAUCGUGGUCGUCAUCGGGGAGAAUAAUCACGAGGAUCCCACGAAAUGAGAGGCUAGCGUUCGAGGUGGGUCGUUGGUCAGCGGGCGUGCAAGAAGGGACGGUUCGGCGGCGGAAGCCUGGAUAGUAGGAGGUUUCCAACAUGGCCGCUGCCUGCUACGAGAAGGAAGUGGUGGUAGGUGCCGCUAUGCAUGGACACGGUCAUCACCAUCACCACCACCAUCAUCAUCACCAUCACCAUCACCAUCAUGGAAUCGGCGGCGGAUCUACCGGCGGUGGCGGCGGCCCGGCUGCCACGGGUGCCGCGACGGGACCGAGCGGACAGCAAACCGUCCUGCCGGCCGCAUCGACCGGCAUCCUCGACACCACCGUCACUGCUGCUGCCGUCGGCUCCGGUACGACCGCAAACACAAAUACGACGACCGCCACCGCGACCGCAGCAGCUGUCGCAGCCGCGGCGGCAGCCGCUGCGGUUGCAGUCACCACCUACAAGGACUACAAGGAUUACUCGCAACCUCUCCACGUUGACUGCAGUGUCGAGUACGAGCUGCCGAGCCAAGCAAAACCACCACCCGGUGGCGGUGAACCUCUUCUCAUGAUACACCCAUGCUAUUAUCGACGAGCUGAACGCGAAAGGAGAAGUCCUUUCGUCAACAAUCUACCACCACCAGCGAACGCGCCGAUUUCGUCGAGGCGAAGCAGCAGGCGAAGUGCCUCGGCCGCUGUCGUUGCCACCGCGACCGCAGCCGCUGCCGUUUCCUCCACCUCGUCCGUUGUUGCACCCUCUUCUACGGCUGCCGCCGUUUCUACCUCGACCGUGUCAUCUUCCAGCUCCGCUGUCGCAGCCGCAGCAGCAGUCUUAUCGGCAACUGUUGUCGCAACAAGCGAUUCAGGAUCGAAUCUCGUUUCCACAACCAGUCAAAUGUCUGCUGCGGCUAUGGCAGCUUCCUAUCGUGCGGCUCUCAACGCUGCUGCAACUCUAUCGCAACAACAACAACAACAACAACAACAAAGACGUCAACAUCACCCGCAACAGCAACAACAAUCACAAGCACCUCCACCGCCGCCACAGCAGCAACAACAAAGUCAUCAUCUUCAUCGAUCUCAUGCUCAUCCCCUCCACAAUCAACAACCGCAGCAGCAACAGCAGCAGCAGCAACAGCAGCAAGUAAGUUCGGUGUCGUCAACCUCUUCCGCCACCGAACUAAUCUCUGCUGAUGAAAAAGCAGUCAUAUCAGGUAUUUAUCAACACUACUUCCGCGCAAUGCGCGCUCACAAUCAUCAGCAUCGACAGCAACAGCAGCAACCGCAGCAGCAACAAGCAACGCAGCAACAUCGAACGACUCAUCAGAUUCAUCAUCAACCUCACCAAAGCGACCGAAGUUCCUCCUCGUCGGUGACACCAACGGUUACGUCAAUAUCCGGCAUAUUACGGCAGACUUAUCAACAGACGUAUAAUGCGACGAAUUCGAGUUCGUCAAGUCAUCUACGGGCAACAACGGCCUCAGUGGUCGGGCAUCAUCCGUAUAGGCGACCGUCGACGACGUUACGUGCAACGUCGCACAUUGGUCAACAGGCUUCCUCCUCUUCUUCCUCGUCCUCUUCCUCCUCGACGUCGAUCGGUGCUUCCAGCAGCGUUUCUUCUGGUGGCGUUUCCAGUGUAUACGCGAGCACGAUACACAGGCAUCAUGCCACUUCGCUACACGCCCUUCAAGCGGCUGGUUUUUACGAAACGCCUGGUUAUCAUGCGCUUUUGCCGCAGAGUUAGGUGUCUACCAGCAGCGUGAACUCGCUCGAGACCGACCCUAUUGCCAACCUUCAUUUAUUCACCUAAUCCGGCUACAAAGCUGUGUGCUCUCUCUUCCCUAUUGUACGACUUAUCUUCCAUACUCGUUAAAGCGCAUACGGGUUGGUCUAACUCUGCCUAGUACACUCGGGAUACAUCUAUCUCUGCGACAUACACGCUACUUCUCCCUACGUGUAUUCACUGUAUAUACGUAAAUGUGUAUGCAUACGUAUAUACGUGUAUGUAUGUACCGUCGUCGACGCAACGAUCGUACGUGCCGUGCUCUCCGUGUUGGCAGUAGUGUGCGGGUGGCCGGACGGACGGACGGACGGACGGACGAGCAGAAAGCCACAGAAUAAACACACGACGCAUACACACCACCACCAUCACCACUAUUAUACACAGAUAUACAUUCAACCAGAGACAGAUGGAUGGAACCGCGAACAACUGAAAUGGUCGUCUAUCGACCAAUUUCAUCCACCUGCGAUACGUGUGCGCUUCUCAGCCGAGACCCCGAAUUACAAUGUGUGCUCCCCGUGCGCGCUUCACCGUGGGUGGACCACCUUGGCUCUACGCGAAUUUUUCUUAAAUCGCCUACCCUCUCUCGAUGAAUGAUCUCUUUCUACGGCAGGCCAGCCCGAACGGCAGGCUUCAAACGGAUGGAUGGACAGAGGGAGGGAACGGAGACGAGGUAGAGAGGACUGCUGUCAGCCGGCGAAUGAAAAGCGCUUAAGAAGCUGCGCGGCAUGCACCUAACAAUGACCUUACCUACCUCUCACGCACGAAUUGUUCGUAUACCAAAAGUACACCGGCUGAUUCGGCAAAUAUAACGUACGUUAUUUUAUUACGCUAUUCUUCGUACGCGUCUCGUUGUAUACACCCGGUUUAUAUACCAAAGCACGCUCCAUGCCAACACACAUACUUCUUUAUCCUUAUAAUUCGUUUCGAGUUACCUAGAAUCUUUUUCAAUCUCGUUUUCGAUCUUUCGCGAUCUUUUUUUUUUUUUUUUAUUAUCAUUUCUUUUCGACUUUUUUCCAUUCCGCCUUUCAAUUAUUCGCAUUCAGUUCGUAAGAACUGAAGAAAUCACUUCCACGCCGAAUCGUUAAAAAUAUUCUUUGGAAUACGUAAUAUGGUCGCGUCGAAUCUCCGAUGGAAACGUAUGGUCGUAAAGGGGUUGCGGUUUUUCGAUAGUUAAACUCGGAGGGGAGAUAACGGGAUAAGUGAACAGAUAGAGCGUAAAACGCGCGAGAAAGAAGGAAUCGGAGAGAGGGUGAAGGAGGACUCGAUCCUGGAAGCGAGCGCGCCGCGUGGCUAUGAAAAGGAAAGACGUAUCCAUGCGUCACGAACGUCGGGAUAUUAUAGGUUACCCUGUCUAUCCACGGAUAGUCUGAACGAUAGUUCGAAACGACGAUGGACCACGCCCUCGGCCUGCCAUCUCCACUUCGACCAACUCUAGACGAUCGAUCCUUUCCUCGCGACAAGCUGGCAAAAAUUACCACCGCAAAAGUCGAGCACGAAACGGGACAACUGAAUACGCCCCUGGAGCGACCCGAGGCCUGCCUCUCCGGCCAAUCGAUACCAUACCGUGUGCCUCUUCCGUUUGACAGCCUUUGCGACGUUUCUCUCCCUGCUUAUUUCGUUCUUUUUCCUAUUUUUACCAUCUCUCUCUCUCUCUCUCUCUCUCUCGAUUCUUCUUUCUCGUCAGCCAGAAACACGACAUUUUUCCUUUCUCCUCGAACCGGAACAGGGGGAUGGAUUCGUAUCGUAAGUAAAGCGAAACGAAGCAUGCCUCGACGGUCGAUCGCAUUCCUUGGAACGAAAAAAAAAGAAAGAAAGAAGAAAAAUAAACUCUGUUAAUCGCUUAUACGACACAUCGGCGUGGCGAACGAUCGAUUGGCCCGAGACAAUCUGAUGUGCAUGGGGCCCAUGGUUGGCUCCACGUGCCAUCCGCUUGCUCGCUUCCUGCUACAUUUCUGAUCCAUCCGUUUCCGCGAAAAGCGUGUGCAACUUAACGAGCAAUUGUUCUCCUUCUAGUUCCUUGCUUUUCGUGAUUAAUCGAAAGUUUCCAAUUGCUGCGCCACUACCGUGUAUCUGCCUGUUGGUUGGCGCGUUCGUUAACAGCGGCGUAUGCAUAUGUGUGUGUGUGUUUACUUUGCUCGAUCGUUCAUUAAAAUUCGAGCCGAUGCGCGUGUUAUUUCUUCCCGUCACGGUGUUGUAUUGGACUUUGGAGAGAGCUUUUACGAGGAACAGAGCGUAUGCGUGUGCGUAUGUUUACAUGUGCGCCGCGUGUCUACCUUUUGCGAAACGCGCCGCGUGUCGCCUUGUUUAUCCAUCGCCGCCAUCGCCGUCGUCGACGCUCUGGUGUGGCGUUGACGAUCCUUUUCCUCGGUUCUCGAAAAUGACUACUACGGGAAUCUUCGUUUUUUGAGGGGUGAAGCUAGCUAAUCAACUACUACUGUAUUAUCGGUGAGGAGAAAGGGAGGAAAAAAAGAAAAAAAGAAAAAAAAAAAAAAAACAGAACAUACCUACGCAUUUAAGAUAAUGUACAAGUCUCUAGUGUGAUACAUUUCUACGCUUAUUCUCUUAACUGUAGUCAUGAAGUCUAAAGUAACGAUACCUCGUUGUGGUUUGUAACGCGGAUUAAAAAAAAAAACAAAAAAAAUAAAAUAAAAAAUACAAGUAGUUCUGUAAUAACAAUAAUAAAGAAAAAAAAACAAGCAAAAGAAAGCAAAAGAUUAAAAAAAAAAAAAAGAGAGUAAGUAAAGGAAUAAAGAAGAAAAAUAAUGACGUAAUGAUAAAAAAAAAAAUCCGCUUAGGCUGACCUUAAACUGAUAAAAAAAAAAAAGCGAUAAAAAGCUCGCAAAAGGCGCCAAUGUACUCGUAGAAUGGAAUUGUCCGGCGGCAGACGUCCUAAUUAAUCGCAACACUUGAAAUUGUAAACGACCGCCAAAAAAAAAAAAAUAAAUAAAAUAAAAUAAAAUAAAAUACCGUUCGACUUAUAAGAAACACUGGAUAAUAAAAAUGAAAACCCAGAGCGUGAGAGAAAGAAAGAAAGAAAGAAAGAAAGAAAGAAAGAAAGAAAGAACGAGAUAUUUGCGGAUCCAAGAGAUGGAUGAGAUGGAUGCGUGGAUCCAGAUGAAUGGAUGACUAUUUCAAAAACACGUGUGGGUUGAUCGAUUCGUCAAACGUAUGUAUGUGUGAAUUUACGCGCAGAGUAUUCGAGGAUGUAGUGUUCGGCAUGUACAUAAUUCUGUAUAUACGAACGAAUCACUGACUGUACAAUACCACCCAAAUAUAUUUAUAUUUCAUGUUAAAA